ACGUGAUCAGUAGUUUAUUUGGAAACGCGUAGCUAGCAAAACAGUUAGCUAUUCCUCCAGCCGUCGUUUUUAAUCAAGUCGUUUUAAACAUAUGUCAUAAUUUAUAGCUGUGUGUAGCGUAUUGUGAAACUACGGGAGAUGGGAGUCCCCGCAUUUUUUCGUUGGUUGAGUCGGAAAUAUUCUACGAUUGUUGUCCAUUGUACUGAGGAGAGGUCCAAGGAAUGCAACGGUGUACGGAUUCCUGUUGAUACCAGCAAACCGAAUCCAAAUGAAGUGGAGUUUGACAAUUUGUACUUGGACAUGAAUGGGAUCAUUCACCCCUGUACACAUCCUGAAGACAAGGCUGCACCCAAAAAUGAAGAUGAAAUGAUGGUUGCCAUCUUUGAAUACAUGGAUCGGCUCUUCAACAUUGUGCGGCCCAGAAGGGUUCUUUACAUGGCUAUUGAUGGAGUGGCCCCUCGUGCCAAAAUGAACCAGCAGCGGUCCAGGCGAUUCCGUGCCUCCAAGGAAGGAGUGGAACUGGUUGAGGAGAAAUCCCGCAUCCGAGAGGAGAUCCUCGGGAGAGGAGGGUAUCUUCCACCUGAUGAAAUCAAGGAGAGAUUUGACAGUAACUGUAUCACCCCAGGCACAGAGUUCAUGGACAACCUUGCGAAGUGUCUCCGUUACUACAUUGCAGACAGACUCAGUAAUGACCCUGGAUGGCGUAACAUUACAGUCAUAUUGUCUGACGCCAGUGUCCCUGGUGAGGGGGAGCAUAAGAUCAUGGACUAUAUCAGGCGACAGAGAGCUCAGCCUCACCAUGACCCCAACACACACCACUGUCUUUGUGGAGCUGACGCUGACCUUAUCAUGCUGGGCCUUGCCACUCACGAGCCCAAUUUCACCAUCAUCCGAGAGGAGUUCAAGCCCAACCAGCCCAGGCCCUGUGCUAUGUGUGGACAGAAAGGCCAUGAGAUCAAGGACUGCCAGGGAGUGGCCAGGGAGAAACAGGGAGAGCAUGAUGAGUUUGCAGACACUAUGCCGGCUUCUGAACAGGAGUUCAUAUUCAUCAGGCUGUGCGUUUUGCGUGAGUACCUGGAGCGAGAGUUGACAAUGGCCAGUCUGCCCUUUCCCUUUGACUUUGAGAGGACUGUCGACGACUGGGUCUUCAUGUGCUUCUUCGUUGGCAACGAUUUCCUGCCUCAUUUACCGUCCUUAGAGAUUAGAGAGGGUGCGAUAGAUCGACUGGUGGGCAUCUACAAAGACGUUGUGCACAAGACUGGGGGCUACAUCACAGAGAAUGGCUUUGUCAAGUUGGAGAGUGUUGAGUUGAUCAUGCAGGCAAUCGGUGUGGCUGAGGACAACAUCUUCAAGAAGCGCAAAGAGGAUGAUGAGGGAUUCAAGCGAAGGAAUAAGGAGAAAAAGAAGAGGAUGAAGGCUCAGCAGCAGGGCCCAUCCUACCUGACCAGCGGUCAGUUUGCCCCCCAGGCCCUUGGCGGCAGAGGCAGACCUGAGGUGGUUCAGAAUGCCCGGCACCAAGCCUUCGAUAUGCGGAUGCAGGGCAGGGACCAGCACAACAGGGCAGGGACCAGUGAUGGGCAGGGUGUGAAGCGGAAAGCCGAGGACAGCGACAGCGAACCAGAUCCUGAAGAUAACGUCAGGUUGUGGGAGGAUGGCUGGAAGCAGCGAUACUACAAGACCAAGUUUGACGUUGACGCGACUGACGAUGAUUUUCGCAAAAAGGUGGUCAUGUCCUACGUGGAGGGUCUCUGCUGGGUCCUGAGGUACUACUACCAGGGGUGCGCAUCCUGGAAGUGGUACUUCCCGUUCCACUACGCCCCGUUUGCCUCAGACUUCAAAGACAUCAAAGGCAUGUUCACCGACUUCGAGCUUGGGACCAAGCCGUUCAAACCCCUGGAGCAGCUGAUGGGUGUUUUCCCUGCUGCCAGUGGAAAUUUCCUGCCUGAAACAUGGCGGUCACUCAUGAGCAAUCCAGAGUCCUCAAUCAUUGACUUCUACCCUGACGACUUUGCCAUUGACCUGAAUGGAAAGAAGUAUGCUUGGCAAGGCGUUGCAUUGCUCCCCUUCGUGGAUGAGCGCCGUCUCAGGGCAGCCCUGGCUGAAGUCUACCCAAACCUCUCUCCAGAGGAAAACAAGAGGAACAGCCUUGGCAGUGAUAUGCUGUUUGUGGGGAAGUCCCAUUCUAUCUGUGACUUCAUCCAGGAACUGUACCGUGGAGAAUCUCACGAGGGCACCGAGAUGCCGGCGGAACUAUGCCAUGGAAUUCAAGGUAUAUUAAAUCUUGACGGAGACCCUAUCCUACCAGAUAAACCAGUGGAGUCUCCCAUCCCCAUGCUACGGGACAUUGCACAGAACAGUGCCAUUGGAGUGAAAUAUAAGGACCCACAGUUUGGAGAGACCUUUGUGUUCAAGGCUGUCAUUCUUCAUGGAGCAAAGAUUCCUGCCAAGGUGCUGAAGCCUGGAGACUGGGAGAGGGGUAACCGUGGUAGGGGUAACUGGAGGCCCCAACUGGGCUUCAACUCCAACCGGCAGCAGGUCCAUCUGGACCAGUCAGCCUUCAGGGCCCUGGGUCACAGCAUUAACCGACAGCAGCAGGGAGGUGGGCAGUACAGCAACGCUCCACCCCCUGGCAACUACCACCAGGGGAACUACAGCAGGCCCCCCCACAGUGGUGGUGGUCACUUCUCACAUUCCAGGCAGCAGGGUCUUCUAGGGGCACCUCCCCCAUUCAACCCUGUACAGCAAUAUCCAAGGCAGCAGUAUAGUGGUAGUGGUGGGCACGGCUGGGACCGGUCGAUGCAGUCCCAGGGAGCUGCCUACCAGCAGAACAUGCAGAGAGGAGGCCAUGGAGGGGGGCAGGGUCAGGGUGGCUACCACCAACAACGUGGUCAGGAUGACCGUAGAGGAGACCGCAGAGACGACCGUGGAGGACAACCGGGACACAGCGCUGGACGGAAUUACCCCUUGCCACCCCCAGCAAGACGAUACAAUUGGAGUUAAAUUUAGGCUUAGAUGGGCAGAAGGCGAAUAUGAUUUUUUUUUUCGCUUUGUCUUUCAGGCUGUUUUACUUGUUUUCUUUUAAUAAUUCUGGAAAUGUUCUUAUGUACUGAAUUUUUAAGAAUAAUGCCUGUAAAACUUGUGAAAUACAAGUGAGUCAAGACAA